AUGUCUUCGUUUAUCUGUCAAGUACCACCAGAUGUAUCGGUUCCACAGCGAUACAUUGUAAAUCUUGAUUUACCACCAGCAGUCAGAUGGCAACAUAUUCUUCGGUUAUAUCUCGAUCAAUUUCAUGCAGUUGAAAAGAAAAUUGAUUCAAUGAUUAGUGGAAUCAUUGGUCAAUGGGCAGGUCCAAUACUUGAAACAAUUUUAUCAGCAGUUAUGUCUGGUAUAACAAGAUUGGGAUUAGUUUAUUACGGUGAAGAAUUAAAAGGAUUUUCUCAAGAAACAGGAAUACCAUUAGGAAAAUUAGUUUUGAUUCAAUUUGUNCAUGCAGUUGAAAAGAAAAUUGAUUCAAUGAUUAGUGGAAUCAUUGGUCAAUGGGCAGGUCCAAUACUUGAAACAAUUUUAUCAGCAGUUAUGUCUGGUAUAACAAGAUUGGGAUUAGUUUAUUACGGUGAAGAAUUAAAAGGAUUUUCUCAAGAAACAGGAAUACCAUUAGGAAAAUUAGUUUUGAUUCAAUUUGUCUAUGAAUGUUUCGCAUGUUGUACAUCGAUUGUAUGUCAAGAUAAACAAACAAAGGUUCCAAUACAUAUUCGAACAAUGGACUGGGAAUUAGAUUUCUUGAAACCAUUAACAAUCGAUGUUGACUUUCAAAAAAAUAAUCAAACGAUUUUUAAAGCAACAACAUGGAUUGGAUACAUUGGAAUUCUAACUGGAAUGAGGGUACAUAAUGGAUAUUCUGUAUCGGUGAAUUUCCGACAUACAGGUGGAGCAUUAACGGCAAAUUUAAAAACAGCUCUAGCAAGCGGUUGGCCAAUUGGUUUUCUUGUUCGGGAAAUCUUGGAGUCAACGAAUACUUAUGAAAUGGCUGUUGAACAACUUGCUCAAUCAACAAUUAUUGCCCCAUGUUAUUUUACUGUGUGUGGAACAAGGCAAAGUCAAACAAUUGGAACCUUAUUAACGCGAAAACAAAAUACGGAAGAGAAAAGAUGGAUCGUGUCUGAACAUGGAACAAUUAUACAAACAAAUAUUGAUCAUUGGAGUUCAGAACCAAAUGAAGAUAUUCUAUUUUCAAUUAGACGUCGAGAUUUAUCGAAACGAUUGCUAAAUCAAAUGAAAACAAUGAACGAAGAAAACUUAUGGAAGUUAAUAUCUGAAUAUCCAAUAUAUAACAAUAUCACAAUUUAUGGAACAUUCAUGUGUCCAGAAUAUGCUAUUUAUCAUACGCGAUAUCCACAGGAUGAUAUACAAUUUCGAUCGAAAGAAGAAUCACAAUUUAUCCCAAUAAAUGAUUUGAAAACAACUUCUUCCUGUGCGUCGAUACCAUCCACUCAUAUUUGUCAUAAAUGUAAACGUGAAUUUGAUAUCAAUAAUAAUUCAGGUGGUGAUUGUGCACAUAGUGGUAAAUGGCAUGCAAAGUACGACGACUGCUCUUACUUAAAAUGUGGUUUCCAUUUGGGUAAAGCAGUCUCUAUCGGUAAACAGCAUUGGUCAUGUUGUUAUUCAUUGGAUCAGCAUUCAACUAUUUGUAGUAAAAGUGCUUCACAUACUUUCAUUUAA